GAGGCGCUUGCCAUUGAGGCGUCCCUCUCCACAAACCCUUGCCUCAUCAGCCUCUCGCUCUUCUCGUGCGGGCUCGGCGACGAGGGUGCGGUGCCCCUCCUGCGGAGCUUGCGCCACAAUUCGACCCUCACCUUCCUCGGCCUGGCAUCGAACCGCCUCUCGGAUGCCAGCGCGCGAGCCGUUUUGGAGGCACUGGCACCGGAGAGCACCACCAACGAGGCGGGGAAGAGUGGUGGCGAGGCAGGCGACAAGGAGGACAAUGGCGCGCCGAACCGAGCGCUCACUGCGCUCGACCUCAGCUUCAACCUGAUUGGAGGCCCGGGCAGGCGCACGUUGGAGGAGGCGACGGCGGCAAGCCCUGCGCUGGAGCGGCUCGAGCUGGCGGGGAACCCGUGCCUGAGGGCCGGCCCCACGGCAAGCCUGUCCAGCGCUGCGCGGAAGGCCAUCGCAGCGACUUGGGAGGCGCUCGGCGAGCAGCAGCGGGACGAGGAGACAGACGGAGUCGCCUCAGAUGGGCAGCUUGCUGUGGCGGCGAUGCUGUGCGAGAGGGUGUUGGCCGGCACGGAGGUGCGCGGCGUUGGCGGAGCUGUGUGCGCCGCUGGCUGA